UGGACGACCAGGUACUGAUCCUGGAGUACUACCGGACAAGCAAAGACAGACAAUAGGGCAAACAGGAAACUCGGAGCCAAGUUAUUCCGGAGUUUCGAACUAAGCGGCAACCGCACAUCAUCCUCGUCCCCCACUGCCUGCAAUUCCCCCCAUCGGGCUUCGGAGAACAAGCAGCCCUUCCAGCCGCCUUCCAUUCCAUCCCUAUGCCGUUUGGUAUGCCACUUGGCCUGCGCUGACAGUUGUACCUCGUUCAAUCGAGUCGAUCGACGACGCCUCCGCGGCCCGCGUUCUGUUUCAUUGGCCGGGACGCUCUCGCACUGUAUCAGACUGUCAGACACACCACGGCCUGGGAAACGUAUCGGACAGGAGGCCAAUGGACUCGGACAGUACCAGCGACUGCCAUGAGCCGGUGCCUCAGCACUCCGAUAAUGCCAAUGAGAAAGAGGACGAUGACAAAAUCCCGCCCUCCAAGUUAUCGUGUGAUCGAUGCCGACGUCGCAAAGUCCGGUGUGACCGACGGCACCCAUGCUCCUAUUGCGCCCGCAUUGAUGUCCCCUGCACCUACCCAAUGCACAAACCCAAAGAGAAGCGUCAAAGGGUCUUCAUCUCUGAGUUGUACGAGAGGAAGAUUGACUUCAUCGCAAAGAAACUGGAUGACUUGGGCUACGCCCUGGGCAAUCUCCAUGACAGACCCCAAGCGAACGCACCACGCACGACGUCGGCCCCGCCCAACCUGCCACCCGGAGCGCCCACGACAGCAUCUCUAGGCAGCUGCGAGGCGCGCAAGAUCCUCACGCCAAAGUUGGAGUAUGAGGGAGAGUCGUCUCUGUCGGCCCAGGCCGCCUUUGCCAACCGGUUCCUCCACGAUGCCAUUGUCCACAGGCCCUCUAUCGACAUCACCGGUGAAAUGGCCUCCGUGCUGGAUUCGCUGAGCCGCACUCUCGGUGCGCAGACCGACCAGCAGGAUGCUGACUACCUUUACCCUCAUGCUAAACCCCUAGAGCCUGGCUGCACGGUUCGGAAUCUUCCCAUGCCGCCUAUCGAGUCAGCCCUCACGUGCCUCAGGAUGGCCAACGAACAUCCCCGGGUGAGAUUCUUCUGGAAUCACGAAGCCAAUUCGGUCCCCCGCUUCACAGAGCUCUUCCUCAAGGUGUACUCGCCUGGCGAUGUCAACCAUGCCGACCUCAUCAUCGUCAACUCCGGUCUUUAUUGGCUCUUCAAUGUCUGCAAGAGCGUCAGCACAGAGCCCAGCACAAAGGCCCAUUACGCAGAGCAGGCAACCUUGUGUCGAGACAAUCUCGAGACGGUCCUGUCCAACCUGCCAUUCCAUCUACCGUCAAGCGUGGACACCACAUCCGCUAUGACUAUGGCCGCCAUGUAUUGUAAUGAAGUCUGCAAACCGUCAGCUGCUUGGAACUUCAUCGCCACGGCUUCCCACAUGAGCCAAACCUUGGGAAUGCACAACAUCGUCGCCAUGGCGCAGGACAGUCCGGAGCUCAAGGCCCAGAAGAUCCAGAUGUUCUGGAUCAUAUACAUGUAUGAAAAGGCCCUCUCUCUUCGCCUUGGCCGGUCCUCCACCAUCCGAGACGGGGAUGUCACUGUCCCUCUGCCGAUGAUGGACUCGAAGUCAGGAGCGGCGAAGCUCGCCCACAUGAAGAAACUGGUCGACAUGGCGAGGCUUCAAGGCAUGAUCUAUGAUCAGAUAUAUAGCCCUGCCGCACUGAUCCAGCCACAGGGUAUCCGCGUUGCUCGGGCAAGACAUCUAGCAUCGAAAUUGCAGGCGCACACAUCAACGGAGACAACGGCAGACGAUAGACGCUACAAGGACGCGGUCGGCCAGGCGAUUGGUGUCAAGUUCUUCGACGCCUUCGACCACAUCACUAGGGUCAGCCACUUGUCCCUCUUCUGUCUUAUCUACCGGGCCAUACCCCCGGAACCAGGUGACGGUACAGUAUUUGGAAAGGACUGCAUCGCCAGUGCUCGCGAAGCCCUUGAAGAACACAAGAGGUGCAUAGCCAUUCUAACAAAGGUGGAGGAUGAGCUUCUUGAAUCAUACCUUAACUGGGCCGUACUUCAAUCCCCUUUCGUGCCUUUCACCGUUCUCUUCUGUCACGUUAUCGAGACCUGCAACCAAGCCGACCUCGAUCGUCUCGGAAAUCUCGUCGAGAUCCUUGAAACGCCUGCAGCGGACUUCUUUUCCCCUGGCAUCAAGAAAGAGCUCCGCCUGUUCAAGGCUCUGUACGACGUCGCCUGCAGCUAUAUGAAGUUGAAGACAGGCGUGGUGAACCGGCCCGGAGACUCGGGAGUCAAUGCCUGGAAUGCCAGGGCCUCGCUGCCGAUGCAGCCGCCUUAUCAACAGCCGACGCCGAUGGCGAUGCCGGACACGACGGGUCAUCAGGCCGCGCAGCAGAUGCCGUUCCCGGGCUCAGAUAGCGCAGAGUUGCCUGCAGGUGUUGCUUUUAUUAGCGAGAACUCGUCCGUCCCUGGUUGGACACCGGCUGCGCCGUUUGCCGUGCCUGGCGACACUACCAUGGAGGUCGAUCAGCAGGGAGCACAGCUGGGGAAUUGGCUGUAUAUGAAUCACCAGAUGAUGAGGGUGCUGGAGGAUGGCUGCUUCUCGACAUAGUGAACUUCGAGAAGCGUCUUACAAUAGGAGACAGAAACUUGGAGCUCUGGCGUUCAACAGGAGAAGCAUUCGCGAGUGCCCCAAACCAUUGGGACCUGAUGUAGGAACCGGAGACAUAAGUCAAACGAGUGCAACCUGGCCGUUUGAAGCCUGAAGGUGCCUCACGCCAAGGGCAUUGAGACGGAUCCGCCGGACCGACCACAUAGGGUCUUGCUAUAAUAAGGGGGGUCAUGCAUGCAACGCAGCAGCAUGCCUUAGAUUAGCGUCUUGGCGGUGCUAAUAGGCCCAUCUCCGUCGACAGCGACGGAUCUUCGACCUCUUGAAUAAAUAAUAAAACA